AUGGCGCUGAUUAACGCUUCACACUGGAAAAUUCCAGCCCAAUGGGAACAAAGCACAGUAUUCGAAAUAAGGGAAGUGCGAAUUGGCGACCCAAUUUAUCAUCACUGGACAUGUAAAUACGGUCCAGUUGCGUCCCAAGUAUAUUGCAUGAUCGUAAAUAAUUGUACAGUAUCUACUUCUCAGCCGAAUUCACUAGCAGUGCCCAUUAUCGACGAACACGGUUGCUCCUUAUUUCCAAACCUCAUACCGCAUGUUAGCUAUAUGAACGACCUAGAUGCUGGCUUAAAAUCAAAUGCAUUUUCGCUCGACAUUGAACAACCCACCAUAACUUUCCACUGCAAUAUAAAGCUGUUGCUAAAAAUGCAAGGAGUAUGCCGUCGACCACAGUGCAUCCCCAUCGACUGGUACCAACGCAGAUUAAUAUUAUAUAUGUAUAUGCAUCCACAAAUCUAUUCAUAA